UCGACCCUUAGCUUUUCUCACUUUCCUCUCCCUUCUCUCUUCUUUUUCUGUGUUUAAAUGGAGAAGCUAGGAUCCCCAGAACCUGCACACCCUUUGCCGGGUGCAAGGCCCGCUGCUGGGGUUUCUGUUGCCAAGACGGUAGGCACUGAGGGAGACGAGGCGACGGUGGUCAGCUCCAAACUGUUUCGGUGUGCGUAUGUCAGACGUUGGCUACCACUGGCCUACAGAGAAGAACUCUACCAGGUCUUACGGCUCACGGGCCCACUGCUGCUGUCUCGGAAACUGAACUUCCUCCUGCAGUUUGUUACCACCAUAUUCUGUGGUCACAUUGGCAAUGCAGAGCUGGCUGGAUACGCACUGGCCUCAGCGACCAUUAACAUGACCACAUCUGCAACAGGCUAUGGCCUUGCCCUGGCGUGUGACACACUUAUUUCUCAGACAUUCGGCAGUAAGAACAUGAAACGCGCGGGAGUAAUUCUCCAGAGGAGUACAUUGAUCCUGCUGCUGUUUUGUCUGCCCUGUUGGGGGCUUCUCAUCAACACUCACAAGUUGCUGCUCAUUUUGCACCAAGGGGAGGAGGUGGCGAGAAUUGCCCACCUCUACGUGAUGAUAUUUCUCCCAGCUGUUCCAGCCAUGUUCCUGCACCAGCUGCAAGUUGCCUACCUACAAAACCAAGGGAUCAUUCUUCCUCAGAUGUACACAGCAGCAGCAGCAAACAUUUUUAACCUGGCGGCCAACUACAUCCUAAUUUUCAGCCUCGAGUUGGGUGUCAUUGGGUCAGCAAUUGCUAACAGCCUCUCUCAGAUUGCCAUCUGCCUGCUGCUGUUUGGCUACAUCAGAUGGAAGAAGCUCCAUCAGCAGACAUGGGGAGGCUGGUCCACUGACUGUCUGCAGGAGUGGGGCUCCUAUUUGAAGCUGGCUAUUCCCAGUGCAUUCAUGAUCUGCUUUGAAUGGUGGGUCUGGGAGAUUGGAGGUUUCCUUGCUGGUAUACUUGGAGAGGUGGAUCUCGCUGCCCAGCAUGUGAUGGUGGAAAUAGGAGCCGUAACAUUUAUGUUCCCUCUAGGUGUCCAGGCAGCUGCCUGUGUGCGCGUUGGGAAUGCUCUGGGGGCCGGGAACUAUACCAGGGCCAUAAUCACCUGCAAAGUGUCUCUGGUUCUGUCAGGAGUGCUUGCUGUGUGCCAGGGUAUCGUCCUCGCUAGCUCUAAGUCCGUCUUUGGCUACAUAUUUACCUCUGAUGAAAACAUUGUGGAGUUGGUCGCAGAGAGCCUCACAGUCUACACAUUUCUACAAUUCUUUGACGCUCUUCUGUGUGUCUGCUCAGGGAUUCUUAUAGGAUGUGGGAUGCAGAAAAUUGCCGCCUUGUCCAACCUGGUGUGUUACUACUGCAUCGCUCUGCCAGUGGGAAUCGCUCUGAUGUUUGCUGCCAAGCUCAGAAUAUUAGGCUUUUGGCUGGGUAUCUUUAUAUGUGCUUUCUUUGAGGCGGGUUUCUUCCUCUUUCUAAUCUUCACACUCAACUGGAAGAAAGUCACACUCAAGGCUCAACUGCGAGCUGGAAAGAAAGUGGUGGUGAUACCAAAGCGUCCUUCUAGUACAAUGCUGAAUGAAGCGAUGGUGCUGCACACUUCUGACUGCCCUAAUACACAGCAUCUUUGCACCCUGAAGGUCCAACUGGACAGCGAAGAAGCCCCAGUCUACAGUCCAGUCGACACCCAGGAUCAGGAGCUGAAUGCUGGCCAUGAUGCUGAGGCCAACAGCACAAACACAGGAGGAACUGAGGGGGAUGCUGAGCAGAGCAAAAAGACUUCAAACACCAAAACUCAAGCGCCGCUUUCUGUACAUGAGCUGAUCUUGCGCCGGGGACUCGUCCUCUUGGUUUCAGUUCUCAUUUUGGUCAUAGGUGUCGCUUUCCAUAUUGCUUUCCCUGCACCGGAGCCAUCCGCCCAGAGCAGGGCCAAUUUUACCCUGAACUGGGCUAAUGACUCCACUCCUACACCGCUGGCUCCACUGGACCUGACCCCAAACCUCUGAGCUAUCUUUGACCUCUGAAUGUAGACAUCUAGUGGUUGAACACAGUUUUCACAAAUUGACAAUCUAUAAAAAUUCAUCUAAUUGUAGACCUGGGUUGUUUUUUGAAAAUCUACAGCCUGACACUGGCUACAGGAUUUGCCUUGUGCGGAAGAAAAUAUGUCAGUGCUGCACUGCUUAGCAAAUCCACAGAAAGCUGGAAGUAAUAUCAAAUGAGGCUGAGACUGGCAGGAUGAACAAAGGACUUGUUACAAAGUUCAUGUUUUAACCUGCUCAGCCUGAGAUGCUCAACUGGGACAACAAGACACAUUAUAAAUCCCUCACUAAGAGACCACUUCGGCAUCGAGGAACAGAUGUUCUUCCACAGAUAGCUUUUGAUUUUUCCACUUAUCCUCGUAGUGAUUUACAUUUUUCACUAUUACAUCUUCCUUCUUACUGACCUUAAAUCAUGUUCUCGCAUUUUUACUGUAAGAUUGACUGAUAUCUGAUGUAAAAUUUACAUGUAAAUGUGAUUGUAUGUUACUGUGUUCAUCACUGUCAGCCUUGACAUUCUCCUAAAUAAUAAGCUAGUUAUUUUUUUUUUACUGUAUAUCUAUGGCCAAUCAUAUAAUAUACUGCCAUAUGAUAGCACCCUAAUCGAUACAAAUUACUUUUAAAGUGUAUAACAACUAAACUAACAACAGGGAAGCCAAAAUAUAUUAUUUCCCCAAGACAUUUGUCAUAGUCUGACCUGCCGACAAACUGAACUCUUCUUCUAUAUGUUCUUCUUUUUUUUCCGCCACCAUCCGUCCUCUUUGGAGGACUAAAUUUACUUAUUUUUAUUCUUUUUCAAAUUAAAAGUCAAUGAAGGAAAAGAAAAGUGAUAAUACUAAUAAUUGUCAUAAUCUUAGUCAAACAAUAUUACUUACAAA